CACACUCACAGGACGUGUGUAGAUUUAGCAGACGGGUCGUUUCUCCCCUCAGACAUGGAGCUGAAGAAAUCUAUCUCGGACACUGAGCGCGCACUCCGGAGCUACGGCGCUGUGUCGGAAACGGCGUGGACGACGGACAAAGGGCACUCAGACGUGUCCAUGGCAGAGAGCACCAUGUCUCCAGAUGAGAUCGAGGUAGAGAUGGCUCGUAUCCAGCGCCUGCGAGAGGUCCUGGUGCGCCGGGAGUCAGAGCUGCGCUUCAUGAUGGAUGAUAUUCAGCUCUGCAAAGACAUCAUGAGUUUAAAGCAGGAGCUGAGACAGAUUGUUGCAGUACCAGAGAAAGAAAAAAACAAGAAGCACAGGCAGCGGGAAGAGGAGCUGAUCCUGAAGAUUCAUAAACUGGUGCAGAAGAGGGAUUUCCUGGUGGAUGAUGCUGAGGUGGAGAGAUUAAGGGAGCAAGAGGAGGACAAAGAGAUGGCCGAGUUCCUCCGACUGAAGUUGAUGCCUCUGGAGAAGAAGCUCAAAGUCACACAGAAUCCUCCAAAGCCCAAGAGACAAGUUCCGGAGCCACCUCCCAACAAACCAUCCAUCACCAAGUCAGGAGUGGCCAUCAUUAAGGACUGCUGUGGAGCCACCCAGUGUGCCGUCAUGUAACUGACAGAGACGUGUGCCCACACACUCAUUAUCAUCACAUCACAUGCCCUUCAUCACUUCCUGUGAAUCAGAGAACCCUGUUUAGCCUCCCAGCCCAAACCAGUUCAGGAGUCAGGUUUGUAAAUACAGUUUCAGUGACAAGGUUUCAGCUACAGGCCUGGAAACUGAUCCCUAAUCAAUACUGCAGGAGCUUUUGUAAGUGAACACUGCUUGUUUUCACAGAGAAACAUGGACAUUGUGAAUUAAAAAAUCAAAUAAAUAUGUGUUAAAGAAGACAAAUAUUGCAACAUUCCUUCUCAAGGUGGCAACAUGGUCUAUGAUCAUGUAUCAGAAGUAAAACACAAUGUCCACAAAGUAAACUUCAUAAAUCCUGGGGUUCUCUGUUCAACAGGAAAAAAACAAACAAACAUCUGUUACCAUCACAUCAUGUUUGACAACGGGUAUUUAUUCCUCCAUUUCAGACCUUUAACACCGACCAGUGCACCUCUUUCACUUUCAGGAGACCUGCAAGUCAGCAUUUUUAUUGUUGUUUCUCUCAGCUGGGAUGAACACGCGUGGUUCAAACAAACAACAUGGCUGCCGAACAAUGAAUACUGGCCCCACACUGGUGUAACUGAAGAAGAAAAUAUGCUUUGUACUGGAGCUGAGUGAUAUUUUUGACUCUGUGCUUUGGCUUGAACAGCGGUGUACUUCUCUUAUCUUUGAUUCUACAGUAUCUGCUGUUCUGGACAUGAAGUACAGAGUCAAACAAUGUCUGACUAAGCUGACACAGAUAUGUGACUAAAACACCACU